AUGUCGGACUCAGAAGUCAAUCAAGAAGCUAAGCCAGAGGUCAAGCCAGAAGUCAAGCCUGAGACUCACAUCAAUUUAAAGGUGUCCGAUGGAUCUUCAGAGAUCUUCUUCAAGAUCAAAAAGACCACUCCUUUAAGAAGGCUGAUGGAAGCGUUCGCUAAAAGACAGGGUAAGGAAAUGGACUCCUUAAGAUUCUUGUACGACGGUAUUAGAAUUCAAGCUGAUCAGACCCCUGAAGAUUUGGACAUGGAGGAUAACGAUAUUAUUGAGGCUCACAGAGAACAGAUUGGUGGUGCUACGUAUUAG